AUGACGCGGCCGUCGACACCACGGCGCCCUCUCAGGUGGGAGGCGACGAGAGCUACGCGUGCAUACUGGCCAUGGCAGGGCCCCUGCUGGGCUCUUGGUGCAGCUGCGGGCCGACGUGGUGCUGCUGCAGGAGAGUGGUGGCACGCCUCGCCCGCCUACGUGGACACCUGGCUGCGGUGGGCGGACGAGCGACGGAUGAGCCUCUUCGUGUCUCCACGUACUGGCGCCAGGCCAGACGCCUGCGCGAUCCUGCUCGCAGAGAACGUCGGGAUACGAGACGUGAAUUUCACGACACUGUCAAUGGACGACUGGGGCGACCGCGUCAUCCAGGUCGUCAGGUUCAGGACCGUUGGAGGCACGUCAUGGGCCGUGGCCAACACGCACUUGUCGUUUCCGCACGGUGGCGAGCUGCACGCGGCCAUGCGCAGGAACCAGGGGCGGAAGCUGCGAGACGUGCUGCUGUCGCUGAAGGUGUCCGCCGAGGCGGUGGUCCUGGGCGGCGACUUCAACGGGGCGCCGCAGGACCCGGUCGUCCAGACUGUUGCUCAGGGGGCGGGCCUCGCCCUGCAGCACGUGGAUGAGGCAACCCACAGGGACCACCGCGGCCGGCUGAUAAGCUGUGACUUCAUCCUCUCGCACGGCCUGAGGCCUCUCGGCAGGUCUCUGGAGGGGCCCGCGGGGUGCCUCGCGCAGGCGGGGCACUUCUGCAGCGACCACCGGCCCCUGCUGGCGCUGGUGCUCGUGCCGAUGCCGAGCCCCCUGCCGAGUGCGCGCGGCGAGAGCCUGCCGGCUGUGCCCCGCGCGGCGGCCGCGGCCGCGGCACGCUCGCCUCCGGGCUCGCCACGCGGCGCCCAGCACGCGCCGCCCGCGCGGAGGGCCGCGGCCGCGCUGCGGGUCCUGGCUUCGGCCCGCGCGCGCGCGGGUAGCGCCGGCGGCGGUGGACGCCCGCAGGAGGACGUCGAGGCGACACGCGACGGCAUCCCGGGGGAGCUGGACAUGGAGGUGUCCAUGGACUGCGCCACAGGCAAAGAGGACGAGGCGGACGAGGUACCCGUGGGAUGGGCCGUGCGCGGGGCCGUGUCGAUGACGAGCCACCCCGCUUCCCCGAGGGGCGAGGCGCGCACGUCGAUCACAAUCGAGGCGCGCACGUCGAUAACGAUCCGGAUGGGCCCCGCGUCGCCGAGGUCCGAGGCGCGCGGGCCCAGGGAGCAGCGGACGAGCAGCCUGCGGCGGACCUCCGCGGUCCUCUUCGACGAGGGGCGCCACACGUGCUGCUGCUACGGGCUGACGUGGGGCAGGCUUGCCGAGGUCUUCACCACGCCCGUGGACUCGGGGGCGGAGGCGCAGACGCGGGGCCUGGUGGUGCAGGCCGAGGUCCAGGGGCCACCGCCGGGCUCGGACAGCAGCCUCGGGUCCAUGGCGCGCCGGUUUGCCCGGCACUGCCUCUCCGAGGCGAAGUACUACCCUGCGCCGCUGCUGUUCACGCUGGCCCCCACGAUUGCAACCUCGCUGGUGGCCGGUCCGCACAGCAUCGGUGGACUGGUGGACCAUCCUGAGCAUUGCGCCUCCAGUACUGUGGGGCAGAAUAUGCUGGUGUACAUCGAGAGGACGAGGAAGCACCCAGGCCUGGACGAGAUGAUCAGCCCGCUCAACCGGAUUUUCUUGUGGGUUGGAUUUGCAGGCAGUUUAUACUCCAUGUGCCGAGCAUGGUCAUGGGAGGCCACAGGGAAGCCAUUCAGGUGGUGUGUGAUGUACCCGGUCAUCGUGGUUUGCUCUGCUUGGGUCACUUCCAUAUGGGUAAAAUCUCAGAUCGAUUGUGCAACUUUGUCGAUGUGGCAUAUUAUCCAUGAUGAAUUCUCCCUGAAACUCUUUGACCCCGUUAUCGUUUUCGCAACGUUCGUGUACCUGCGCAGGGUUACAGGGAACAUCAGCUUAGACUUAUUCAAUCUUCGCAUUCGCUCUCGGGAUGUUCAUCCAUCUCAUGAGUCUCAUCAUGAUCGCUAA